AUGAUUCUUGAUCUUCAAAGCUCAGCCAGAUGGGGCAUUCUAAGCCUUCCGUCGGUUUUGAAACAUGAGGUGAAAUUAUUCUAUCCGCAUGGUUUAAGUAUUCACGAGGGUGGAAUAGAUGCGUAUGCACAUAUCCUCAAUGAAACGUUCUAUCCCAGAUGUGGCAUAGAAUCGGGUGAUACGGUUACGCUGCUAUGGACAAGCACAUUAAAACUAAAGCAAAAUCUAGCUUCUGAUCAAAAUUCGAAACGAAAACAGCCCUCACGACCUUGGGUCCCCGAUCAUUUCGUACCACUUUUGAAAAAGAAUGUGAGUCAUUCCUGUAUUGUCAUUUUUGAUCAAACAAAGGGAUACAAGCAAGAACAUGCUAUGCACAGAAGUGAUUAUUUGAAAGAAAACCAGAGCAAAGAACAUAUGGAAUACGAAUAUGAUCCUUUAACAAAGCCUGAAAGAAUUAGAACUUAUACUAAAAAAGCGACGACUAAUAUAUCAACAUCCAAAGCUACUAAUGAGAAUAACGAUUUAGCUGUUAGACAAAUUCCACAAACAACAGACGAAGCAACGAUUAUAAUAGAUGUAAGCGAUUUUACGAGUAAAGAUCCGACACUCGAAAACUCAUCAGUCGUCAACGCAAUGAUACUAAGUGUAACAGAAAAAUUAAAUGAGCUGAAUUUGGCGUGUGAUAAAACUAUUGUAAAAAAGAAAAUUCAUGAAGAAAUAAACAGUUUGAUAUCCAACCGUAAUAGAAUAGCAAGACAGAAACAUAUAUCAAAAGAGGCAGCGUGGCAUAAACAUACGGUAUCAAUAACUGUACCAACUGAAACGGUUUACGUUGACACAGCUACGUCGAAAAAUUUAUUGCCAAAUGACGAUAUUUUUAAUUAUGAUAUGUCAAAUGAGCUGAGAUUCAGUGGUAAAAAAUUUCUUCGUUCCAAACGAAAUAUUUCGUAUAUUUCUAAGGACUGUACGAAUGAAACUUAUUCUUCUCUAGGCACUACGUCUAGUGAAAUGCAAAGUACAGUACCACUGAUACAUACAAAAAGUGCAUCUUUUGUGAAUUCUGACACACCUACUUCCUUAAUAGAUUACAAUGGCAAAUAUGUACGAUUAUCAAUUAGUGAGUCAGCUGCACGACAAAUUUUUAAAUACAAUAUUUUAUCACAAUCUGAUUUUGAAUGGUUGAUAAGAGAAAUACUUGAAGAAUUAAAAACAGCUUCAAUUAAUGAUCUUGACGAACGUAUAAUAAAACAACACGUAAUGACUCGGCUUAAAGUAUGGCACGACAUUUAUAAAAAUGAUCUAACAAGGAGCCGUAGAGCAGGCAUCGCAAUAACCGUUACCAUUCCUUAUUCUCGUGCACGUACUGGAAUUUAUAAGCGUAUGCCAUCAUUGGUAAGUGUCUGA